AUGCCAGCCACCACAAACCUCGUCCACUCCUACCGGCACCUCCUCCGCGCCGGCCUCCGCGCCGUCCAAUUCUCCAAACCCUCCCGGUACAUCAUCCGAGACGUGCUGCGCAAGGAGUUCCGCGAUCCCCGGGGUGUGUUUGAAGCGGAAAAGGCACGGCGCACGGUUUGGUUCCUGAACGCCGCGGCUCAGUCGCGUGGGCUGGAGCACAAGAUCUUGAAGAAUUUGUGUAGGGUGCAUUGGGAACGGAAGCAGGUGGAGCAUGCGGUGCCGUGGCGGAUGAAGGUUAUUAAGAUGACGGAUGAUAAGGCGAGGAAGUGGACUUUGACAAAAAGGCCCGCAGAUUCGAUCAAGGGCACCGAAUUUGAGCACUAUGAUCGGACGAUCGCCAUGCUGAAUGAUUCUAUGGGAUUAUGUCUGCGUUGA